AUGGUAAAUGCAACGCAAUAUGUAGAUCAAACUUAUAAUGCAUCUACCCGAGUUAAUAUUACUGAGUUAGACCUUAGUAAUAAAAAUUUAGAAGGACAAUUAUACUUGAUUACUCUUGGGUUCAUAAAUUUAAGAAAAUUGAAUGUUUCAUAUAAUCGGAUAAAUGGCUUUAACUUGCCUGAAUCUUUAGAAGAAUUUGAUUGUUCUCAUAAUCAAAUUUCAUAUUUUACUUAUUCUCUUCCAAAAGCAAGGAAAUUUAAUAUCUCUAAUAAUGUUAUGACCAAUUUUUCUCUAGAUGCCCCCUUUCUUAGUUAUCUUGAUCUUAGCAUUAAUUCACUUCAAACCUUGGACUUGCGGUCAUUAGGUGGGGAAAAUGUUAUAGAACUAAAUUGUUCCAAUAAUCCUCUUACUAGUUUAUCAUUAAAUUAUUCUUCUAAUCUCAUUUCAUUUGAUUGUUUGGGCAUGAAAUAUAAUAAGUUUCAAUCAUCCCCAACUCAACCUUCCCCAAUUCAAACUUCUUCAAUUCAAACUUCCCCAACCCAAGAUUCCUACCCAUUUAUCACCACAACUGCAUUGGCUAAUAAUAAUCCUGCUUUGAUGGGAUCCAACAUAGCCCUCUCAGCAAUAAUUGUUGUAGCAUUGUUAAGCUUUGGUUCAUAUUUUGUACGUAAACAUCUGACUAGGGCAGCAAAGUGA